CUUCGGUCACUCCUUCUGAUUGUUCCAAGCUCUCAUCGAUUCAGACAUUCAUCUUUCAUCUUCUAAGUCCUGGAUGCAAUUACAGCCGAUUCCAUAUGCGAUGAAUUACAGGGAAGCUGACCCUGAGCGCUCGACCUCCACACACGGCCCCCCUGACGUCGGCUUAACCUGCUUUCUGCCAGACUUUGUGGCGCCUAAGUCUGUCGUUGCUUUCGUAAUUUGGGGCCUACAGAACGUGUUCUGGCCGUCUUCUUCUCCCCUGACGUUGGCUAUCUGGUCCACAUGCUCGAAUAUCCGAUGCAACCGCGUCUUUCUUGCAGUCCCAAUGCGGUCGGUUUUCAUCAAUUCUGUUCGUCUAUCACAACUAUUGGACAAUGUUCUCUGUGAAUCCGGGCAGAAGCGAGCGGAGUUGCUCGCACGUCAUUGUCAGAAAUGCUUUUAAUCCGUCUCUCUCUGGCACCCCCACUGGACACCCUGCCCUUUCACGAUGGUCCUCAAGCUCGACCCUCCCUUCCGCGUCGAGCAUGUGGGCUCACUCGUGCGCCCGCGCGAUCUGUAUGAGAAACGUAUGCUGCUUUCUCAAGGCCAAGGGAAUCCAGAGGACCUCGUAGAACUCGAGAACGCAGCUGUUAAGCAUGUGGUAGAGCUUCAACGGGAGUUGGGCCUCGGGACCAUCACAGACGGAGAAAUGAGGAGAGAGGUGUUCUUCGACGGUGUGUUCGAGAAGCUGGAGGGCAUGACCUAUCUUCCUCAUCGCCCGAUGUCGGAAUGCAAGCCCUACAUUCCUCACGUGAAAAUCCUUCAGGCCAUGGGCAUGACCGAAUCCCCCUCGUUCUUUUGCUCGGGUAAAAUUAAGAGGACUAAGCCUUUCUACGUCGAGCAUUUUAAGGCACUCAAGGAUAUAGUGCUUCCAGAGGAAGUCGGCCGAAUCAAGGUUAAUAUGUGUCCGCCGACUUGGAUCCAUCAAAGACAUGGCUCGGACCUCACGUACGAUCUGGAGGUCUACAGAAAUGAUGACGAAUACUUUGACGAUCUUGGAGUCGCAUAUCGGGCAGAGAUCAAGGAACUGUAUGAUCACGGAUGCAGAAACAUUCAACUUGAUGAUCCCACCUUCUGCUAUUUCUGCAGUGAAGACAUGAUCAGUGGGAUGGAGGAGGCUGGUGUCGAUCACGAAGCCCUUCUGGACACAUAUAUCCGGGCCAUCAACCUCUGCACCCAGGAUCGUCCGUCGGAUCUCAAUAUUGGCGUCCACAUGUGCCGUGGAAACUACAUGGGUGGCGUGCACUUCAGCGAGGGAGGAUACGCCCGAAUUGCCAUCAAAUUGUUCAAUGCGGUUGACGUGGACACUUUCUAUCUCGAAUACGACAAUGAACGCUCGGGAAAUUUCACGCCUCUGCAGCAUCUCCCUCCGAACAAGGUUGCCGUGCUUGGCAUCGUCACGUCGAAGAGCCCCAAGCUCGAGGACUUAGACGCGCUCAAGUCACGUGUGCUCGAAGCCGCCGACAUUAUUGCCGGCGGCGCUCAUCCGAAAUCCAGGGACGAAGCAUUGCAACAAUUGUGUAUCAGGUCAGCUUCAUGUGAUGUUUUCGUCGCUGUCUUUGAUUUCUCCCUCUUGGAAACAGUCCUCAAUGCGGAUUUGCAUCAGUUUGGCAAGGGAACCCAGUCACGGAAGAGGACGAAAAGCGCAAGUUCCAGCUGCUGAUUGAAGUUGCGAAGCAAAAUUGGAAGCUGUAAUCUCGGACCCAGCUUACGCGCUGUUCCAGCAGUCAGAUCUCUCUUGAUUCCAGGUCCUCGCUAAUAUGCUAACAUACAUUAGAAUGCUGGUACCAGUGCAAAAAUUGGCAGGUGCAGAAUUGCCCCACGAGGUUAAGCGAAUCGAUAUCCGGAGCUAGGUCUAUGCGCUCUCCUCGUGGCACCGUAGCGCUGCGAAGACUACUUAUGCCUGCUCGAUCUUAUCGUCCCCCACAUGCUGUGUUAUAAGAUCGUCAUGUCAUGAGCUCAGAAUUGAUCCCGGACUGUCGGUAAAUCUCUUCUUCUCUCUAUCCUAUCCCAAUGCUUUCGUUCUUGUUGUUCCUGUCUUCUCUAUCAUCGCUCGCUCUUGCCAACAACACUUUCGCUUUCACACACUCUGUACCAUCGCAAUGCGGCCCGCUCAAUGUCACCUGGACUGGUGGCUCAGGCUCAGGCUAUUAUCUCUCCGUCGUGCCAGAAUUUGGCAUCCCGAGAAACAUAUCCAUUCCUUCUACGAAUACCGCCGACUCCUUCGCGACGACUCUCGCACUCAACGCUUCCGAUCGCUUCGUAUUGAGUCUCUCCGACUCGAGUGGUUUUGGCGCCGGAGGAGUGACACCGCUAUUGCAAGUCGAUCAAGGAGACUCGAGCUGCAAUCUCACGAGGCCGAGCCUGCCAUUUACCUUUAUAGACACGGAAAUGCAGCAAUGCCUACCAUACACUAUGAGUCAGUACUUGGAGACCGGCGCCAUAGCGCCCGUGACGGUGUACGGGCUCAUUCCAGGCGGCGACCCCUUUGUCCUGCACCCUACCACGAAAUAUAGGACAUUCUCAUGGGAUGUUACGAUAUACAACAACACGAACGUCAUCAUCUACAUGGUUGAUGCCGGCCUUCGACAAGGGGGCAGUAUCCUCAAGACUGUGCAAAUCUCGAGCUCAUUUAAGUGUAUCAACAGCACAUCACCGUCGUCCACCGCACUCCCAGGAGCGACCUCCAGCCCUAGCUCGACCUCGUCACCAUCUUCAAAUGGUGGCACACCCAUAGGCGCCAUCGUCGGGUCGGCGCUGGGUGGCCUGAUCUUUCUGGCUGUUUUCAUCACUCUCGGCUUGUUCUUCCUACGGCAACGACAAGAAAAUAGCAAAGCGAAAAGAUUCGGUGCUACUGGUCUCCGUCAUCACUCAUAUCCGUUUUCCACCGGCCUCAGCUCAAUAUCCUCCAGCCUCGCUAUGGAGCACAGCACACUGACAGGAUCAGGCACGCGAGCGCCGUCGCGCUAUCAGGCAUCGCAAUACAGCACCUCGGCACACGGAAACCCGGAUCCGUUCAACCCCGAAUUUCAUGUUGCAGAAGUGGAACCAUUCAUAGAACAAAAUACGUUGGCCCCGGUCCCGUCACUUUCGCAGCGCAAGCUCGGGAUGUCUGCCGGCCCAAACAGAUCGCUCCGAUAUGUAUUGCACACAGACUCGGAAGACCACGUGCCGAGCGAAGACGAGGAAGUGGUCGAGCUUCCUCCCCAGUACUCUGCGUCGAGGAGACCAGCACAGAUCCCUGAGCAGCCCGAAUCGCAUUCAGCAUAG